AUGCGGAAGAUUCUUUUGUUUGCGUCUCUGGUCAGCCUCGCUGCUGCCGAGGAUGGUCUCGAUGGCUGGCUGCGCUACGCUAGACUGCCAGAUUGCAAGACUGCUGGCGUCGUAGACAACCUUCCCUCUGUCACCAUCGGGCUCAACGCCACAGAAAACGGACCAAUCUCGUCCGCUCUAUCCGAGUUGCAGAAAGGCUACAAGGGCAUCUUCGGCAAGGAUAUUACCGUCGGGAAGGACGCUUGUGCUGGCUCUUCCAUCGUUGUCGCCACCCUUGACGACUACGUCGCAACUUGCGGUGACAAUUCUGUCGAGGCUGAUCUCAUCGAAGAUGGCUUCUGGCUAAGUGCCAAGGGCGACUCGGUCAAAAUUCUGGGUCAGAACGAGAGGGGUGCUCUCUAUGGCGCUUUUGAAUACCUGAGUUUGUUGGCACAGGGUAACUUCAGUGAUGUUGCGUAUGCUACCAACCCGUCUGCGAAAAUCCGUUGGGCCAACCAAUGGGACAACAUGGACGGUACCGGGACUCAUGGUAGCAUCGAGCGCGGUUAUGGAGGAGUUUCCAUUUUCUUUGAGAACCUCAAGGUUGUCAGCGAUAUGACCCGCGUCUCCCAAUACGGCCGCCUGCUAGCUUCGAUUAGAAUCAACGGAAUCAUCAUCAACAAUGUUAAUGCCAACCCUAUUCUCCUUUCGCCAGAGAAUAUGGACGGGUUAAAGAGAAUUGCCGAUGCCUUCAGACCUUGGGGUGUUCAGGUCGGCAUCUCUCUGAACUUUGCCUCGCCCCAAACUCUCGGCGGUCUCUCAACAUUUGAUCCCCUUGACGAGACCGUCAUUGCCUGGUGGGGUAAUAUCACUGAGCAGCUUUACUCUCGCAUUCCAGACCUGUGUGGGUACCUCGUCAAGGCCAACUCUGAAGGCCAGCCUGGCCCGAUUACCUACAACAGAACGCUUGCAGAUGGCGCAAACCUUUUCGCCAAGGAGUUGAAGAAUCACGGCUUCCAAAAAGGCAUCGUAAUGUUCCGGGCCUUUGUCUAUGACAAGUUGGACUGGACUGAUUGGCAUGCUGACCGCGCAAACGCCGCCGUUGAGUUCUUCAAGGAACUGGACGGGAAGUUUGAUGACAACGUUGUGGUCCAGAUCAAAUAUGGCCCAAUCGAUUUCCAGGUCCGCGAGCCCGUGUCACCUCUCUUCGCCAACCUUGAGCACACAAACAUGGCCAUCGAACUGCAAAUCUCCCAGGAGUACCUUGGUCAACAAGACCAUCUAGUCUACCUCCCUCCUUUGUGGAAGACUAUUCUGGACUUUGACUUGCGCAUUGGUGGCCAGCCAUCCGUCGUUCGCGAUAUUCUUUCGGGCAAGCGUUUCAACAAGACACUCACUGGAUAUGCUGGUGUUGUAAACGUCGGCGCCAACACCACCUGGCUCGGCAGCCAUCUGGCUAUGUCUAACCUUUAUGCCUACGGCAAGAUGGCCUGGAACCCGACUGACGAUGUCGUCACUAUUGUCCAGGACUGGGCCCGUCUGACUUUUGGCACCAACCGCGCCGUCAUCGACACUAUCACUAAGAUGUCCAUGGAAAGCUGGCCUGCCUAUGAGGGCUACAGCGGUAAUCUUGGCAUUCAAACACUAACGGACAUCUUGUACGCUCAUUACGGACCAUCGCCGAGAUCGCAGGAUAACAACGGCUGGGGACAGUGGACAAGGGCGGACGGGGUUAGUAUCGGUAUGGAUAGGACAGUGAAGAACGGCACUGGUAACGCCGGCCAGUAUCCGCCUGAAGUGGCAGAGAUAUAUGAGAACAUUGAGUCCACACCGGAUGAUCUGUUGCUUUGGUUCCACCACGUCCCAUACACCCACGUGUUGAAGAGCGGAAAGACCGUCAUUCAGCACUUCUACGACGCGCACUAUGAGGGUGCGGCCACGGCCCAGACCUUUGUGCCGUUGUGGGAGUCGCUCAAAGACCACAUCGAUGAGGAGCGUUACGAGCACGUCCUCUUCAAACUCAAAUACCAGGCUGGUCACUCUAUCGUCUGGCGCGAUGCCGUCAACAACUUCUACUGGAACAUGUCCGGUAUUGCUGACAGUGCUGGUCGUGUGGGCAACUACAAGUACCGAAUUGAGGCGGAGAACAUGACCCUGGAUGGGUACAAGGUUGUGGACGUUGAUCCGUUUGAAACAGCGUCUGGCUACAAGGCCAUUGUCACCAGCUCCAACACGACCGCAGGAACAGCAACCACCACCAUAAAUUUCGAUUCAGGCACUUACACUGUGGCUGUCAAUUACUUUGACGUUAUCAGAGGAAAGUGUUCAUAUGUGCUGUCCAUCAACGAUCAGGUGAUUGGCCAAUGGAGGGGUAACAGCGAAGAAAGGCUAGGCCACUGGCCGUCUGAAUUCCUGGAUGGACACUCGGCCAUACGCAUUAACUUCCCAGGCAUCAAGAUUCAGAAGGGCGAUACUCUGAAAAUUGUUGGAACUCCUGACGGCCCGGAAGUGGCUCCUCUAGAUUACAUUAGCUUCCUACCUGAGGGCAUCGUCGAUUAG